AUGGCUUCAUGGGCCGUUUCCAUUAUUUUAUGUUUUGCAUGUGCUUUUCUUUGCAAUAUGGGGAUUGGGCUGGGAUAUGAAAUGCGAAAUGUGAUUCCGAAACUGGAUAGGAAAAUGGUUAUGUCCAUGAUUGUGGCAGAUAUUUCUUCUUGCCCUUUAAUUUGUGAUCCUAUUGAUAACUGUUCUUUGAGUGAGGAUUAUGUACGGGCUUAUUGUUCUAAGCCUUACAGACGGUCUAUUAAUGGAAUAAAUAGACAUAACUAUGAUUGA